AUGACAGAAGACUUCAUUUCUUCUGUCAAGUAUUCGAAUGGGGAGGUCAAGGAGCGAAAGUCUAAAUCUGAGUUUGUAGAGUACAAAUCGAAGCAGUUAACAUCAUCUUCAUCACAUAACUCAAACUUAUCCCAUCAAGACGAUGAUGAUGGUGAGCACAGCAACAGAAACAUCUUCCAGAGAUGUGUAGAUUCUUUCAAACCUCCUUUGGACGGUUCGUUCGACACAAGCAAUUUGAAAAGAACUCUGAAGCCCAGGCAUUUAAUUAUGAUUGCCAUUGGGGGCAGUAUAGGUACUGGUUUAUUCGUUGGUAGUGGUAAAGCCAUUGCAGAAGGGGGCCCUUUAGGUGUCGUUUUAGGUUGGACUAUCGCAGGGUCUCAAAUUAUUGGGACCAUCCAUGGGCUAGGUGAGAUUACGGUUCGGUUUCCUGUCGUGGGAGCCUUUGCGAACUAUGGGACAAGAUUUUUGGAUCCGAGUAUAAGUUUCGUUGUUUCGACUAUAUAUGUGCUACAAUGGUUUUUUGUGCUGCCGUUAGAAAUUAUCGCAGCAGCUAUGACUGUGCAGUACUGGAACUCCUCGAUUGAUCCUGUGAUUUGGGUGGCAAUAUUUUAUGCUGUUAUAGUUUGCAUAAACUUAUUUGGCGCAAGAGGUUUUGGGGAGGCCGAGUUUGCAUUCUCGACCGUAAAAGCAAUAACAGUAUGUGGGUUCAUCAUAUUAAGCAUUGUUCUCAUUUGUGGUGGAGGACCGGAUCACGAGUUCAUCGGCGCCAAAUAUUGGCAUGACCCUGGUUGUUUGGCCAACGGAUUUCCGGGCGUCUUGGCUGUUCUGGUUGUUGCUUCGUAUUCCUUGGGUGGUAUAGAAAUGACGUGCUUAGCGUCCGGUGAAACGGAUCCUAAAGGCUUACCAGGUGCUAUCAAACAAGUGUUUUGGAGAAUUCUAUUUUUCUUUUUAGCAUCUUUGACCCUCGUGGGGUUCCUGGUUCCGUACACGAAUCAAAAUCUACUUGGCGGCUCAUCUGUAGACAACUCACCGUUUGUCAUUGCCAUGAAAUUGCACCAUAUCAAAGUCCUGCCUACCAUCGUCAAUGCUGUCAUUCUUAUCAGUGUUUUAAGUGUAGGGAAUUCCUGUAUCUUUGCUUCAAGUAGAACACUAUGUUCCAUGGCCCACCAAGGGCUCAUUCCAUGGUGGUUUGGCUAUAUCGACCGUGCCGGCAGACCACUGGUUGGAAUUAUGGCAAACUCACUAUUCGGAUUGCUAGCAUUUUUGGUCAAAUCUGGCUCAAUGGCAGAUGUUUUCAACUGGUUAAUGGCCAUUGCCGGCUUGGCCACUUGUAUCGUCUGGUUGAGUAUCAAUCUAUCACAUAUUAGAUUUAGAUUGGCAAUGAAGGCUCAAGGAAAAUCACUGGACGAAUUGGAGUUUGUUAGCGCCGUCGGGAUCUGGGGGUCAGCGUAUUCCGCAUUAAUCAAUUGCCUAAUUUUGAUAGCUCAAUUCUACUGCUCAUUAUGGCCCAUUGGUGGCUGGUCCAGUGGCAAAGAAAGGGCAAAAUUAUUUUUUCAGAACUACUUGUGUGCCCUGAUCAUGUUAUUUAUAUUCGUAGUCCACAAAAUUUAUUACAAGUGUCAAACAGGCAAAUGGUGGGGCGUUAAAUCGUUAAAGGACAUCGAUUUGGAGACGGACCGUAAAGACAUCGACAUCGAAAUAAUCAAGCAGGAAAUCAUGGAAAGAAAAAUGCACCUUGAUUCGCGUCCAUGGUAUGUGAGACAGUUCCAUUUCUGGUGUUAG